AUGCCGUUGGACAGCAUUGGUAUCAGCAAUAAAAAUGUCAUUUUGAAUGCAGGCCAGUACUCGGAAGAACAUGUUCUAAAAUGCACAUUCAAAGCAUGUGACCCAGAAGAAACAGGACAGGUUUCUGUUUUCCGCAUCAUUGAAUAUUUACAAGAAAUGACAGGGCAAAGCUGUGAAGACUGGGGGCUUCAAUCUCUCUACAAGAGAUUGGACCCUGAAGAACAAGGGCUUACUGUUGAUUUUUUCACCUUCUAUACUGUUAUGAAAGAUUGGAUUUCAGACUGUCAACAGGAAGGGGAAGAGGCUACUGACCUGACAAAUAGUAUCAAGGACUUACAGCAUGACAACAAACAGUUAGCAGUGCAGAAUGCUAAACUACAGAGAACUAUAGAGGCUGCAGAAGAGCUCAAUUCAAGACUCUCUGAAGAGAUUUCUCAAUUGAAAGGGAAGCUGAGAGGUAACCAGCAAAUACUGGAACAAGCUAAAAUCUUGGCAAAUGAAUUGGAAGAUCUGAAAUUUUUUUCAAAAAGUAUGGAGGAGGAAAAUAAUAGAUUACACACACAAGCACGGCAGUUGGAAAAAGAGCAGCAGCUUCUCUCUGUUAAGAUGGAUAACCUUCAGGAUGAGAACAAAAAGCUGCUUCUAGAAAAAGAAAGCUCAGAGGGUAAAAUCAAAGAGUUAUUUACAAAGAAAACCAAAAUGAAGUCACAACUCUCUGAGUAUGAAAAUCAUAUCUCUUGCAAAGAGGCUGCCCUUAAUAAAUGUUUAUAUUUAUAGAAAAUAAAACAAACAGAAGAGCUUACAAUAAUUCUAGACGAAUAUCGAAUGAUGGUACAGGAAUUGAAGCUGGAAGUUAGUAGGCUUCAAGAACAAAUAUGUCAAUCCUAUCAAGACUUAAAAAUGCCGCCAACAAACUCUCUACCAAACAUGAGUGGUCCCAUACAGGCACAGUCACUCUACAAAGAGAUUGAAGAAUCACGUAGCGACCUCAGUAAGGAGUGUGACUUGCCUAGUCCUUUGUGUGGGAUGUUGAAUUCUUUGGUGAUACAUCCAGUGGCUGAAGGAAGCAUUGAUUAUUUGACAGAACAGGAACAUAGCAAGAAAAAGUCAGAUGAUAUCAAAGCAUUAUUUCCAGUUUCACAUAUCUUGCCUCAGUUAAGCCUUUCGACUGAUGGUAAACUAAUAUUGAAGAAUCAGGAACAGAAACAGGACCGAAAUCAUCUUCUCUCACAGAAAUGGGGAAGGGAGGAAUCAGAACAAACCCUGACAAAUGAACACACUGGCAAUAGCAAGACUCUUGAAUUGACUCUAAAGAACAUGGAUGUAUGGGCCUACUCAUCUAAUAUAGAGUCUCAGAUGGUGCAUUUUAACUUUCAAGAAAUCAUGGUUUUCAGCUCAGCAGAAUUAAGCUCUGAAGAAGCCUUGCGGAAAUACCCUUUCAUCCCAAAAGAUGGUGAACUAAUCCCAAAUGUUUGGAAAAAAACUAAUGGCCACUCAAAUGAAAUCCUACUUCAAAGAUUUUUUGACGUCCCAUUAAGCUAUCUAAUCCUGCACAUCAUCCAGGAACUGUUACUCCUUGGACUGCUGCUUGUUUUGUGUGUUUCCUUGCUAGCAGUUUUCUGUUUAAUUAUAUUCUACAACCAAUUUUCAAUGUGGAUUGAGCCAAAGGGAAAUUUUUGGCAUUUCUUGUCACUGAAGUAUCAACAUGUACCACCUAUCUGA